CACAACCAAAGAAAAAAUUAUCAGCGAAACAAAAUGAUAGUAUUAUAUCGCAACCUGUAUUCACCUCAUAUGAUAAAAUACAAAAAUCCUUCCAAGCUAUGAUGGAAAAACAGAAGACUGAAUCCAAAGCUGAGAUUGAAAAACAGAAAGCCAAGAUUGAAAAAUUGAAAGCUGAAUUUGAAACAAAAAUGACUCAACAAUCCAAAAAAUCUUGCUCUCCAGUUCUACCCAAAGAUUAUAAACAAAUGCAAGAAUUCUAUGAAGGUCAAG